AUGUCCGAGGACACUUCCAAGCCCAAGAGACGGAUCCUCGUGUCAUAUGGCGUUGACAUAGACGCAAUAGCAGGGUGGUUGGGCUCAUACAAGGGUGAAGAUUCGACCAGUGACAUUUCUCGAGUAGGUUACUUCGCCGGCACAGAAGGUGUGAGAAGGUUAUUGAAGCUGUUCGACAAAUACAACAUCAAGGCGUCUUGGUUCAUCCCGGGCCAUAGUUUAGAAACCUUCCCCGAAGAAUGUGCUAUGAUCCGGGACGCUGGGCAUGAGAUAGGUUUGCAUGGAUACAGCCAUGAGAACCCCGUCGACAUGACAUUCGAACAACAACGCGACGUCCUGGACUAUACGUACCGGAUGCUCACAGACUUCUGUCAUGGAAAGACGCCCCGAGGAAUAGUGGCUCCGUGGUGGGAGGUCAGCAGAGAAGCAACAGAAUUGUUGCUUCAUUAUGGCAUUGAGUAUGACCACAGCAUGAGCCACCACGACUGUCAGGCAUACUAUCUCCGGACAGGAGACAACUGGACAAAGAUCGAUUACAGCAAAACAGCUGCAGAGUGGAUGAAGCCUUUCACCAAGGGCCAGGAAACUGGGCUGGUGGAAAUUCCAGCAAACUGGUAUCUGGAUGAUCUGCCGCCGAUGAUGUUCAUGAAAAAAGUGCCAAAUAGUCAUGGAUGGGUAAAUCCAAGAGACGUUGAAGAUUUGUGGCGGGACCAUUUCGACUAUUUUUACAGGGAGGAGAAAGAGGGGUUUUACUUUCCCAUGACAAUCCAUCCAGAUGUAUCGGGCAGGCCGCACGUCUUGCUCAUGCAUGAAAGGCUGAUCGAGCACAUUAACAAACACGAAGGCGUCGAAUGGGUAACAAUGGCGGAAAUGGUUGACGACUUCAAAAGCAGACACCAGCCAGUCGAAGGAGCCAUGAUGCCAGCACCACGGGGAGAGAUUCUGUCAAAGGGCCAGAACUAG